CUUCUGCACUCUGACACACUUCCUCCUUCGCCUUUGCUCUCUUCCUCCAGCAGCGCAGACAACAAGAGAGACGGCUCGGCGCUCAAACAGACCAGCAAGGUGUCCAGCUGCAGCUCGGCUCUCCGCGUCUGCCAGCGGGCCGACAUCAGCAAGAUUCAGGAGAAGUUCUCGUGCGCGGCGGCCGCCACGCAGGAUGCCAAGAGGCCAGCGGCUAACGGGGUGCUAGCACAGAUGGAGCAGGACAAGGAGACGGAGGAGGAGACGCACCACAGCGUGAGGACAGAGACUGCUGAGCUCGUAAACGGAGAUUUGGAAAAAGCAGAUGAGGUGGACGAUCAUUCAGCUUCACAGCACUCAGACAGGACCGGUGCUGAGAAUGAGGAUACGGAGAAAACAACAGAAACUCUACAGAAGAGUGAAGAGGGACACUCUGAGCAAAAGGAGACAAACGAGCAGAAGCUGUUUAAGAUCGCCAGCGAGCUGCUGCACACGGAGAAGGCGUACGUGGCCCGACUCAACCUGCUGGACCAGGUGUUCUGCACCAGGAUGAUGGAGGAGGCAAAUAAAGGCACUUUCCCUCUGGAUGUGGUGAAGAACAUCUUCUCCAACAUCAGCUCCAUCCACGCCUUCCACAGCCAGUUUCUGCUUCCUGAUCUGGAGAAACGCAUGGGGGAGUGGGCGUCCACACCGCGGAUCGGCGACAUCCUGCAGAAACUCACCCCCUUCCUCAAAAUGUACGCCGAGUACGUGAAGAACUUCGACAAGGCCAUGGAGCUGCUGAAGCAGUGGACCGACCGCUCGCCGCCGUUCAAGGCCAUCAUUCAGGAGAUUCAGAGUCAGGAGAUCUGCGGCAGCCUGACGCUGCAGCAUCACAUGUUGGAGCCGGUGCAGAGAGUUCCCCGAUACGAGAUGCUGCUGAAGGACUACCUGAAGAAGCUUCCUCAGAACGACCCGGACCGCAGCGACGCAGAAAAAUCAUUAGAAAUCAUCGCCACAGCAGCCACCCACUCCAACAGCGCCAUUAGGAAAUCUGAAAACCUGAAGAAGCUGAUGGAGAUUUACGAGAUGCUGGGAGAAGAGGAGGACAUCGUUCAUCCGUCCAACGAAUUCAUCAAGGAGGGCCACAUCAUGAAGCUGGCAGCCAGGAACACCUCCACCAUGGACAGAUACCUGUUCCUGUUCAACAACAUGCUGUUGUACUGCGUGCCUAAGUUCAGCCUGGGCGGAACCAAAUACACGGUGCGGACCCGGAUCGGGAUCGACGGCAUGAAGGUUCGGGAAACGAGCAACGAGGAUCAUCCUCACACCUUCCAGGUGUCGGGCAAAGAACGGACGCUGGAGCUCCAGGCCAGCUCAGAGCAAGACAAGGCAGGAUGGAUCAAGGCUUUCCAGGAGACCAUAGACAUCUUCCAGCAGAAGAACGAGACAUUCAAGAACGCUCUGAAGGACGUGGAGGAAGUUUCGAAAGCUGAGCUGGGGAAGCGGGCUCCGCGCUGGAUUCGUGACAAUGAAGUGACGAUGUGCAUGAAGUGCAGGGAGCCUUUCAACGCCAUCACACGGCGGCGGCAUCACUGCAGAGCCUGCGGAUAUGUGGUUUGCUGGAAAUGCUCAGACAACAAGGUACACCUCGAAUACGACAACUACAAGAUGAACAAAGUCUGCAAAGACUGCUACUCCAUCCUGACUGGGGAAGGGGUCACCGAGGGCCGAAGGAAGGGCAUCCUGGAGAUCGAGGCGGCUCAGUUCACAGACAGCAGCAUCAUGUGUGGCUUCCUGCAGCACUCUGAGAAAGGAGGCAAGCUGUGGCAGCGGGUCUGGUGUGUGAUCCCAGAGAAAGAGUGUCUGGUGCUCUACCUCUACGGAGCUCCACAGGAUGUGAAGGCCCUGUGCACCAUCCCGCUGCUGGGCUACACGGUGGAGGACGCAGACACGCCGGCCAGCUUCCGCCUGUCCCAGUCCAAGUUUGUCCACACCUUUGCUGCUGAGAGCGAGGAGCUGAAGCAGCGCUGGCUGAAGGUCAUCCGAGCAGCGGUGACCGGAGAGGUGCCGGCGCGGCCCGAAACCAACGGCGGCGAGAACGACAACGCGCAGGAAGCUAAUCCUGACGACCACUAGGAGGGUCGUCCGCUCACUCUGCCUGCUGCGGCACUUUCCUCCGCGUCCGACCCGCUGCCGGACUGUCCAGGACCCAAAGACGUUCUCUGUCCUCCUAGACGCAGCGGGACGACGGGAUAAGCUGCCGUCUCCAGGGUUUUCUCCUGCUAUGUGUGCUGGAUUACUAAUGUUUCUGGUACAAUCAACACUAGAGCAGGGGGGCUUCGAGACGCACCUUCUGCCCUCCAACGAGCACUAUAAAGGAAAAUUCAAACUCAGUCUUUCAGGAGGCGUCCGGGAUGGGACUCAAACUACGUCUGCUGGUGCUGUAAAUCUUUCUGUACAGAACGCUUUUUUAUACAUAAAAAAACAAACUUUUUUUCAUUUAUGUACAGAAAUUCAGUCUCAAGCUUUUCUGCUAUGAAAAGGAGGAAGAUCUAAACGUUAUUGAAAAUAUUCAGUUUCCCUCUGAUUGGAGGAGACGGUUUUAAAACGAAGAACAAGAUUCUCUCAUCUCUUUACUCAAUCUGCUAAAAUGAGAGACAAACAUAAAAAUUUAGUGACGCAGAUUAAAAACUAUAUUUAUUACAUAUUAUUUGAAGCAUGGUAAACCUGUGCUUUAAAUAAUUAAACCUUCAUUAGUAAAGCAAAUGGGAUUCUUUUUUGUUAAAAUCUUGUCUUCACGUUAAACAUGUAAUCACAUUGUAUUUAUUUAAAAAUCCAAGUGAAAAAAUGUUGAUAAACAUUUCUGCUGUGUUUUUUUACUGCAAAAUCUCCCAUUUUUAUAUUACUACUUAAGUUUAAUGAGGUGUAUCUUAAAAUAAGAAAGUAAAACAUCAUCAGGUUGACACUAGACAGGGUUUUUCAGCCAAGAUUCUCGAUUCAAAAAUAUUUCUUGGUGUUAAAUUAUGGAAUAAAAAUACAUGAGCUAUACAGCAAAGAUAUUUAUUGUUAUUAAUCUGUUCAACCAUCAGAUUGGGUUUUCUUUGCAUCUGUGCUGCUACUACGUGUUUAGCAUUGAGAUGCUAUUUUAGGCUAGCAUAGCUUAGCUGACAGGCUAACUGCUUUUAGCACAACUUGAACACAACAAUAGCAUUUUGUCCAAUCAGAUCAGUUUAGAAGUCGAAAUUAACUGAGAGCAGCGGCUUUGUUCUCUAGCGCUGUUGUUUUGCGCAUAUAGUUUUGCGGACGUUGCUUGUGCGUCAGAUUUACGGGCGUACCAGAAACAUGUUCCGCUCGGAACAUUUGUAUGUAAAAAAAAAUUUAAGUGGUUAAUUACGUUAAAAUAUUAACACAACAAUAUAUAUAAUCAAUCAAUUGAAAUGAACGCGUUAAAGUCCCGGCUCCAUGUUAAACAUAAGUUUGAAUACAAAAGUGAAGGCCUAAUGAUGCCGCUGCUGUAAACAAACCACAUAAAAUGCAUAACUUUUAACAUAAUCAACAUUUUUUUGCUCACUUACUUUAAUGCUAAUGUUUAUUUAAAGACUUAUUAACUUUGAAACUAAUACCGUAAAAUAUCAACUCUUAGGACCCCGACAGUGAAGACCUCUGCAGAUCACGUCAUUUUUCCUGUUUGUCUCUCCGAUUCAGAUUUAGCAGCUUUAGCAGACUUUCAAGUUUGACCGGAUAUGACGCAACGUCUGCGGAAAUUAAUAUCUUAAUGGCAGGAAAUAACAGUCUUUUAGGGAAAUAAUCAGGUUUAUUAAACGUAUUUGAAAUUUAUGUUGCCGUUUGUAUCGAAUUAGCUAUUUAGUAUUUUAACCAUGGCUAGAGGGAGAGAAGUGGUUUGUCUUAACGUUUUGGUGUGAUGAUGGAGAAGCAGCACAAUCAGACAGCCAGCCGAUGAAACAAGUGUAAAUGUGUUUUUACUGCUGUAAUUAUUUUUUAUUUAAAGUAAUUUAUAGAGUAUGAUGAACUGUUGAAUGCAGCACAAACUCGUUCCUUUGCAGUCAGCUGAGGAAUGCAACCGACCGGUCAAAUGGCCGCCAACAUUGACUUUGAGGGGAAAUGUGCCGAUUUUUUAUUUUUGCUCAUCUCUGAACCGUUCCCCUCCGCAGUAUUCAAAUAAAGCAAAAACAAUUGAGCACAAGUCCUGUGUUGAAUCUGAAUGUAAAUCUAUCCUUCUGUCUUCAUCGCCUUCCCAACCGUUUGAGAAUCUACGCACUUUACACCCUGAACGAAAACAAAAGUGUACCUGCAAGGACAAUAAAGACGCCCAGUGUCUGUG